UGUUAGUUAUGUCUAAAAAAUUCAGUAUAACUUUAUUCGCCUUACUGUCAAUUAUAGUAAGUGGUUUGGCGGAAUUUCCUUCUGAUGUCAAAAGAUGUCAAGCAGAAGAUGUGGCAUGUAUAUCAAAUACUAUAACUGAUUUGUUAAGAAAUAAUCCCAAUGGAAAGGAAGAUAUUGGUUUGCCGAAUAUUAAUCCAUACAAAAUUAAAAAAAUCAUUAUAUCUGAUUCGAAUAAUGCGAACGCAUUAAAUUUGGAUUUAAUGUUCCUAGAUGUUGAACUUCGUGGUUUACCAGAAGCAAUAAUCGAAAAAUCAGUUGGAUUUUCAAGUGAUCCAUCAAAAAGCAAAUUCGAAAUAUAUGGUGUAAUACCGAAAUUAGAAUUAAAAAGUAAAUAUAAAGCAAAUGGCCGUAUAUUAAUACUACCGAUACAAGGUGAAGGAGAUCAAAAUAUAGUUGCAACCAAUGUGAAAGCUUCAAUUAAAUUUAAGCCAACUAUAUUAAAUAGAGAUGGGAAAAUUCUUUUUACUGAAAAUAAGGUUAAAGUUCUUUUGGAACCACAGGGGCUUCACAUGCGUUUAGAAAACCUUUUUAACGGAAACAAAGAAUUAGGUGAAAAUAUGAACACAUUCCUUAACGAAAAUUGGAAAGAUGUUUGGACUGAAUUAGCACCAAGUAUACAUGCAGCUAUAGGAGAUGUUUUAACAAGCAUUCUUUCUAAUGUUUUUAACAAAAUUAGUUAUGAUGAA